GGGGGGAGGAGGAGCAGCAGCAGCAGCAGCAAAGAAAAAAAAAAUCCUCAUCAAAUCCCCACCUAAGAAUUCAGCAUAUCCAGAUCCACAUCUUCACUCAAGCCCAGAGGGGGAAAGAGGAAAGGGGGGGGAGGAAAGGAAAAAAAAAAAAAAAAAAACCAACAACUUAGCGGAAACUUCUCAGAGAAUGCUCCAAAACUCAGCAGUACUUCUGGUGCUGGUGAUCGGCGUUUCUGCAAGCCAUGAGGCAGAGCAGAAUGACUCUGUGAGCCCCAGGAAAUCCCGGGUGGCAUCUCAGACCUCAGCUGAAGUGGUUCGCUGCCUCAACAGUGCCCUGCAGGUUGGCUGCGGGGCGUUUGCCUGCCUGGAAAACUCCACCUGUGACACCGAUGGAAUGUUUGACAUCUGUAAAUCCUUCUUAUACAGCGCUGCCAAAUUUGACACUCAGGGAAAAGCAUUUGUCAAAGAGAGUUUAAAAUGCAUUGCCAACGGGGUCACCGCCAAGGUCUUCGUCGCCAUUCGGAGAUGCUCUACUUUCCAGAGGAUGAUUGCCGAGGUGCAGGAAGAGUGCUACAGCAAGCUAAACAUGUGCAGCAUUGCCAAGCGGAACCCAGAAGCCAUCACGGAAGUUGUCCAGCUGCCCAAUCACUUCCCCAACAGAUACUACAACAGACUUAUCCGAAGCCUUCUGGAAUGCGAUGAAGAUACGGUCAGCACCAUCAGAGACAGCCUGAUGGAGAAAAUCGGGCCCAACAUGGCAAGCCUCUUCCACAUCCUGCAGACGGACCACUGUGGGCAAACACACCCGCGUGCUGACUUCAACAGGAGGCGCACCAACGAGCCCCAGAAGCUGAAGGUCCUCCUCAGGAAUCUCCGAGGUGAGGGGGACGCUCCCUCCCACAUCAAACGCACCUCCCACGAGAGUGCAUAACCAGGGAGAGAGAUUCAAUCCAUAACCUCACCAAACUAGUAUCAUUUUAGGGGUGUUGACACACCAAUUUUGAGUGUACUGUGCCUGGUUUGGUUUUUUUUUUAAAGUAGUUCCUAUUUUCUAUCCCCCACCCCCCCCACACACUUAAAGAAAAUUGCAUGAAACUAGGCUUCUGUGAUCAUUUUCUCAAAUUCUGCAAUGGCAGCCAUUCCACAAACAGAAUCUGUGCGAUCAUUCUGCCUCUCCUCUGGAGAACGUAACCUUCUUUUAUCUUCUUCCUCCAUGAUAUCUCUUCCCAGCUCCUCUCUAACCACCCUCAAACACAGAACAUUCAAGUAACUGCCUGGUUGGUCAUUGUACUUUGAAGAUGUGGAGCCCUUUAGAACGGUUGCCCCAUAGAGUUAGCUGAUACAAAACCAUUUUAUUUAAAUGCAUGUCUUCAAUGCUCAUAAAGAUGUUAAGUGGAAUUCGUGUUAUGAAUCUGUGCUGGCCAUGGACGAAUAUGAAUAUCAUGUUUGAAUUCUUGAUCUCUAAUGAGCUAGUAGUGUCUUAUGGUCUCGAUCCUCCGAUGUCUAGUUUCCUUUCUGACACAUUUACCAAAUUGCUCAAGCCUGGCUCUCCAACCAGACUUUGGGCCUGCAACUUCUUGCAUCGAAUGAAACACAAAAUCUAACAUCUUUAUGUACUGUAACUGCUCAGAGCUUUAAAAGUAUCUUUAACAAUUGUCUUAAAAAAAAACCAGAGAAUCUUAAGGUCUAACUGUGGAAUAUAAAUAGCUGAAAACUAAUGUACUGUACAUAAAUUCCAGAGGACUCUGCUUAAACAAAGCAGUAUAUAAUAACUUUAUUGCAUAUAGAUUUAGUUUUGUAACUUAGCUUUAUUUUUUUUCCUGGGAAUGGAAUAACUAUCUCACUUCCAGAUAUCCACAUAAAUGCUCCUUGUGGCCUUUUUUAUAACUAAGGGGGUAGAAAUAGUUUUGACUCAACAUCAGAACUUUUAAGAUGGGCCUAUAUAUGAGAUAGGAAAAACAAACUGGUUUAUCUGAAGGACCUUAGGUAAGAUGUUAGUCUCCCAGCCCACCUCCACCCAGAGGCUACACUUGACUUAGACCUAUCCUGAAACAGCUCUGUCACAUCCAACUGGGAAUUACAGCAAUUGAAGAACACCCCUUUGGGCUUGGACCGCUGACAAUGCUAAGGCCUACUAUACCCUCGGAAGGUGGCAGUUCUUAACACCCCACCUUCCAUCAGUGCCUGGCACUCUGGCAGAUGUGUGAGAUUUUUCCACUGAGUCAAUCGGGAAUGAGUCAAUCAGCCUUUGAGUCUUUAGUCCGGGGGACUUGGGGCUGAGGGAGUAUAAAUAACCCUGGGCUGUCCAGCCUUAAUAAACUCCUCUUACAUUUUUGUCCUAUAGCAUGCUGCCCACUAAAGUAGUCCUGGCAGCUGGACCAUCUCUUGUAGGAUCUUAAAAUUAAGAAAAAGGAAAAGAAAAGGAAAGAAAAAAGGAAAGGAAAGAGAAAGGAGGAAAAGAAAACGAGCUGGUGGUUUGAUCAUUUCUGCCGUGAUGUUUACAAGAUGGCAGGCACUAAAGCCAAACGAUUAACCUAUCUAUGAACAACGGUAGUUUCUCAGGGUCACUGUCCUUGAACCCAAUAACCCCUUACAAGUGUCACUGCCCACCAAAGGUCAAUGCUGAGAGAGGAGGAGGGAGGAGGGGUAGUUCUGCAGGGACCACUCCAAGCUCACUUGGGUAGAAACUAUUGGUGCUUGACUCUCACUAGGCUAAACUUCAGAGUUAACCAAAUCGAUUGAUAAGGGACCCUGGUGGGAGGAAGAAGGAGGGUACCUCUCCAGAAAGAAAGAAAGAAAGAAAACAGAAAAGAAAAGCAAUACAACUUUACCAUAAAGCCUUUAAAACCAGUAAUGUGCUGCUGAAGGACCAAGCAUAAGAGCAGCAGAUCCAACAGCAGCCGCAGCAGCACAAACAUGGCUGCCUUCGUCCCCACACCGCCUCUAAGCGUGCUGACAUCAGAUUGUUAAGGGCAUUUUUAUACUCAGAACUGUCCCAUCCCCAGGUCCCAAACAAAUGGACACUGCCUUAGCCUCUUGGAAAUCAGGUAGAGCAUAUUCUAAGUUAGACUCUCUUCUUUCUCCUCCCCACCCCCCAAAACGCCCCUCCCCAGGCAAGGCUGAGUUCUCUGAACCAGAAAAGCUAAUCAAGUGUGUGUGUUGUUGUUGUCCAUUUUGCAAACCCCACUAAGCCAGGACCCCAGAGUGAUAAGUAGUUCACGAGAGUUUCUAGCAAAAUUCCCUCUUAUUUCAACCAGUCGAUUCUCUCUCCCUCAUUCCCCACUCCCCCACUUUCUGCAAUGACCUCUUCAAAUGGUCAUGAUCCCCUUUCUCCCCACAGUAGCUGCAAUAAGUAUAUCGUAUAUCGACACAUACAGAAAGAAGCAGUUCUCACAAUGUUGCUAAUUGUUUUGUUUUGGUUUUUGGUUUUUUUGCUUCUCUUCUUCUUCUCACCCCAGUCCCUCCAACUCCUCCUUAAGCUCCCAAAGCUUCUUGUUGUGUUUACUACCGAGUGAUGGCGGGGAGGGGGAGAGGGGACUAACCUAGACCAGUUUUGUCUGAUUUCUCUAUCGUGAUUUGGUUGCACUUUAGACAUUUUUGUGCCAUUAUAUUUGCAUUAUGUAUUUAUAAUUUAAAUGAUAUUUAGGGUUUUUUUUGGCUGAGUACUGGAAUAAACAGUGAGCAUAUCUGGUAUAUGUCAUUAUUUAUUGUUAAAUUACAUUUUUAAGCUCCGUGUGCAUAUAAAGGUUAUGAAACAUAUCAUGGUAAUGACAGAUGCAAGUUAUUUUAUUUGCUUAUUUUUAUAAUUAAAGAUGCCAUAGCAUAAUAUGAAGCCUUUGGUGAAUUCCUUCUAAGAUAAUAAUAAUAAAAUGUUACGUUUUA